UUUCUCGACUUUACUUACCCGCAAGCCUUGUAGGUGAACAGAUCGAACGACAUUAGGGAGUUUUUUCCCGACUGAGCUGCUACCUCUACCAUUUUCGUCAGUGAAUACGUGAUCAUCGUUUCUACGUUUAAAUUAGAACGAUGCCCAGCCUAUCAAUUUUACUGCUCUCGUUAUUAUGCUGUUCGAAUCUACAAGUGAUCCAGACAACCCCAGUGUUGGACUGGUGGGAAACGACAGUCAUUUAUCAAAUUUAUUUACGUUCAUUCAAAGAUUCGGACGGAGAUGGCGUUGGAGAUCUCAAAGGAGUGUACGAGAAAUUAGACUACAUCAAAGAAACAGGAUUUGAAACCGUUUGGAUUCAGCCUUUCUUCAAAUCUCCAAUGGCAGAUAUGGGUUACGAUGUCGCGAAUUACAAGGAAAUUGAACAAAUGUUCGGAACAGUGCAGGAUUUUAAGACCCUGGUUCAAGGUAUCCAUGACAGAGGGAUGAACAUUAUCAUAGAUUUCAUUCCAAAUCACACAAGCUCGGAAAAUGAGUGGUUCAAACUUUCCGAAAAUAGAAUAGAGCCAUACACUGAUUACUAUAUUUGGCAUAAUGGGAAACGGUUUAAUGACACACAUGUCACAGAACCGACUAACUGGUUGCAUGUUUUCAAUGGAAAAGCGUGGACCUGGAGCGAAAAAAGACAACAAUAUUACUUUCACCAAUUCUCUCCCAAACAGCCAGAUCUGAACUAUCGAAAUCGAAAUGUGCAACGGGAAAUGGAGGAUGUGAUAAAGUUCUGGCUCGAUCUUGGCGUGGACGGUCUUCGAGUGGAUGCAGUUGAUUAUUUGUAUGAAACAGACAUUUUACUAGACGAGCCUGAGCUACCACCCGGACCAGGCGUCAGCGGUUAUGAGAGCUUGAAGCACAUUUACACCAAAGCACAACCAGAAAAUAAAAUCCUCACUCACAGUUGGCGAUUAGUCAUGGAUGAAUACACAAAAAGGGACAACAAAACAAGACUCCUGAUUUUGGAGCAAUAUGCUCCAUUGAAGCAGCUGGUUGCAUUCCAAGGGAAUUCGACUUAUCCCAAUGCGCAUAUAUCGCUUUAUUUUCCGUUAAUAUUCUACAGUCAUGAGCAAAAUGCUACCGUUUUAGAUGGAAUUAUUCGUGGUUGGUCAGAUAUUCAACCAGACAACCAUCCACCAAACUGGGUGAUUGAAAAUCAUGAUCGCUACAGAGUUGAUCAUCGGAAGGGCGCGGAAUUUAUUGACGCGAUGAACAUGAUUCACUUGUUAUUACCUGGAGUUGCGUUCGUGUAUUAUGGGGCAGAACUCGCUGUUGAGGACAAUUGGACUAUUCGUAAGGGACAAAUCCGUGAUCCGAAUAAUUAUGGACACGGAAUUACGACCUCUCGGGAUCCUAGCCGCACUCCUAUGCCUUGGGAUGAUACUAAAAAUGCCGGUUUCACAAGGAAUCAGAAGCCAUGGUUACCGGUUCACCCAAACUACUGGCGAAAGAAUGUAAAAUCUGAACAGAAAGAAUCUAAAAGUAGCUACAAAAUAUUUAAGCGACUAUUGGCUUUACGGCGUACGCCAGUCAUAAAAUAUGGAAAAUUUCAAACUUUCGUCAUGAGCGAAUGGACAUACAUGUUCACAAGGAGUACCUCUAGAGAUGAUACAGUGGCUGUUAUCAUAAAUCUAGGAACUGAAACGGAGGAAGUUUGUGCUCAAAAUUUUGCAGUAGGUCUGCCCGACAUUAUGACAGUUUACACGGCCUCGUUAAAUUCUGGAUUUGACGUUGGGGAUAGAAUUACGACAUCAAGGGUCAACGGAGGAAAGUGUGCUGAGUUAAGACCCAAAGCAGGCUUCGUCCUUAGUGUCAAUUCCGGCAGUAGCUUGCUUUGUUCUGCGUACCUAAUUCCCCUUUUAGUUUUUUUUUUUUUUUUGUAUACUUAAAUAAUAUUUCAUAAACCUUGCGUAUUUUAGGAAAAAUUAAAUAUUAGUAAAAACUUUUUUGAAAAAGAAA